AUGCCGGAAUCCAAGCAGGACUCCCUCCCUGACAUGCUGAAGCUGAUGACAGACGUCGAGAUCAAGAAUGACGUCCAAGUCAUGUUAGGGCCAGACGGUCCAGCAUUGUACACAUGGGGUGACGUGGACACCUACAUGAAGAAGAACGCCGACUCCUUGGAGCCUGACGUCGUUAGAAGCGUCAUGCAGAAAUUGCGUGACGCAUACAAGAUGAGGAAGUUCAAUGAGGAGCUAACGAGAGCCCUGGAAGCGGUCCAGAUCGGCACGAUUGCUGGCGGUGAAACGGACACCACUGACAACGACGACAAUGACACUGAUGACACCGAUAACCAGAUCCUCACCCCACUCAGCCGCAAUAGCGAUGUCGAGAAUGCAGGAAGGGAUGAAAAUCCAAUGGACCAUGGUCUUCGAGCCACCACCGUCGGCCAAGAGUUAGAGCAUCUUCUCCCGGAGGCACCGCCUGUCCGGGAUUAUCGCGACGCCAAUGGCUUCGACCAUGGUUUCGCCAUGAGGGAGGCAACCCCUGCCUCUGCCACCUACGUUAUCCUUCCGAACGACAAAAAGACAAGCAACAAGGAUACUUCACCAAACGAGGGUGGUAGUGGGGCAGCAGCAGCCUGCAAGACGUCCAAAAAAGACCAAAAGCCAGGACUGAUGGUUAAAGGCACCCCUCCACCGCCUCUCAUCUCGAACCAGCAGUCUCCGUAUCUCAUCCGCGCCGAACCUGGGCAGCGUACUGUCCUUGAACAAAAACAGACCGCAAACUCCCAGCCAUUGUCAUUUCCUUUGCACACGACCCUUCUUUCCAAUAUCUCCAUACACAACUCAUUCUGCCAACAUUCCUCCCACGUAACCUGGUUCGUCGUAGGCAGGGGCAAGAACGUGGUCGUCGUCAGUAAAACGGAGAUGUUUGCUGAACAGGCAGGAGGGAAGGAAAGGGAAGGCGUCAGUGCCAUCCUAGCGAAGUCUUCAACUCAGUGGGCGUUGCAAUUACUGAAGGAGAAAAACUUCUACGGCAUCCGAUCAUCCGCGCCUUUGGAGACGUUGACGAAGAUCAUACUCGUCAACGCUGUCGCCCGAAACGCUCGCGGCAGCACAACGGCACCAGCGAUGCACGAAGGCCGUGAAAGCUUGACCAGCAGCGAGGUCGAUGAGGACGAUAGCGGCUACGAAGCCGAUGCGGAUGAGCCAAAGGAGGAUUCUAAAGGGGCGGGAGAGGCAGACAACGCCGAUGAGCCGGACAGCAGCACCGACGGGACGGAUACGGAUACAGAUACAAGCCAUAAUUGGUAUGUCUCCGAUGCUGACUACCUCGCAUCCUGCCUCGAAUCCCUUGAUUACGAACGCGAAGGCGAGUACCAAGAUGGGGACGACGUCGUCGAUUACAGAUACGAUAGUUAG